AGGAAAUCGAGGCCAAGACUGCCUUGUACCAUUGGGCAGGUUCUGUACUGCACAAGGAUGUCAUCUUUAAUGGUGCACCAUUCACUCUGUAGACUUGUGUGUUUAUUCCAAUAACUUUCUAAUGUGAUAGAGUGUCAAGGAAGAGAUUUUUCUUUUCCUUUUUCUAAUCUUUGCAAAAGUGCCUCCUAUUGUAGCAACAGCCCCACGGCAAUCACUCUAGGUACUUCAGGAAGAAAAAGAAGGGGACUGGGUGCUCAUGAAAUCAUUGGGUUUGAAACACUUGAGUUUAAAUUCGCAACCCCUGAUUGAGCUGCAGUUUAGAGAGGAAGAUGCCCCUGCUGCUAACAGGAGGCCCAAAUUGACCUGGUCCCAUGUGGAAAGCUACUGACCAGAUGCUGGUACAAAGAGUGUGGCCAUUGCAUACACAGCGGACCUCCCUUGCUGGCCAUCUGCCAACCAGAAGCCUUGCAGGUGGCUGAACCAAAUUCUUCGGUGCUCGCAGCUGCAAAGGAGGCUGGGAAAUGUAGUUUCUGGCUGGACAGUCAUAUUUCCAGGCUGAAGCUAUUGAUGAGGGGAGAUCGAAUGGGGGACCUUCCUUAGCUGUCUGUCACACACCUGAUCUUGAAAAUUUUAAAUUGACUCAAAAAAAUAUUGCUUAAAAUGCUUUCUCAUACCACAUAGAGUGGGAAAAUGAGGUCAUUUGCCAGAAGUAGAACAUUAACUACAAAAAUAAAUACAAUAAGACAUGUUAAAUUUUCUGGAUAUUCUUUUCUUGCCAAGGAUCUAACGCCCAAGGCUGCCCCUGCUCUGCUCUUUCCGUUAAAGAGGAACAUCACUGAAGUGGUGAGACUUGUAGCACCAAAUGCAGACUUUUCUCCUUGUAGGAGCUGAAGGACUGGAAGGAGAAAGGGGGCUGCCAGCUUCACGAAAAGACAAUUACCACAGAUGGCAAACGAAAACAUCUCGUCUACCACACUGGCAGCCACAGGUUCUGUGGUCAGCAGAUCCUGGUAUUUGCCAACUGCCUAGGGGACUCCCUAGCUGUUCCCUCGCCCACUCUUUUUCUUUAGUUUCAAGUAUACAGUACACUGGUUAGAGUCAUUUUCUUGCUGUGUAAAGAGGAAUCUUUCUAUGUUAAUACUAUAUUGUUUGUAUUCUGUGAUAUAUUGUUCGUACUGGCUACCCCUGCACCCCCACCCCAGGCACUUAGCAAACACAGUAAAUUCAGCAGAUACUUGGUGAGUACCUAUUAUGUACUAAAUACUGUUCCUGGUAAAGGAUAUUCAGCGGUGAAAAAAAUAGACACACUAUUUCAAAUACUGUAUUCUGAUAUAAGCAAAAUAUGUCAUGGAGUGAUGGGAGUGGGACUGAGGAACAGUAACUGGGUGGCCCAGGAAAGCCCCCUCGGAGGAGGUGACGUGACAUUCACAUAGAGCUGUCUGACGCUCCCAUGGAACUUGGAGCUGGGUGUUAGGUAUGUAGAGAUAGCUUAGGUCCAGUGGCCCCUAGUGAAUUCCCCACCCCAAGCCUUUGUGAGUUCAUCCUCUUCCUCCUCACUACCAAAAAAAAAAAAGUUGGGACUUGCCAUCCCAGAGGUGAGAAUGCCUGGGGAAAGAGGUAGAGGCUCAGGAGAAUGAUCUCAGCAAGUGGAUUUCUAUAUGAAGCACAGUUUUAGAAGUGAGACUUGUGUUCGAAUUCUGUACUUUCUCAUUCUGAUCUUUGGCAAGUGAACUCCCAGCUCAGUAUGGGCCUGGAGCCAAAUCUAGCCUUGUCAUUUCCUGGCCCUGUAACCUUGGACAAGUUCCUUAAGGCUCUAUGCUUCCAUAUCCAUUUGAAUUAAUAAAACAAAAUGGUGAAGGUUCUAUAAAUAACUUUUAGCUUUUAUUAUCCUUAUUUUACAAAUGAGAAAGGUGAGGCUCCAAGAGGAGAAAAAGCUUAGGCCAGGUCACUCAGGAAGUGGCUGGUGAAGAAGGCAUUGCUUAGCCUAAGGCCCCACGUGUAACAUUCGCUUGGCACUUGAGAGCUGGGGCUGUUUUUGGCGAUCAAAGGGCUGUCUGUUCUGCCCUUCAGCACAGGAAAUUCCAAGGUGGUUUUCCAUACUGGCUUCUCUGAUUCUGUCCCUGGAGGGGACAGCAGAGAGGCCCAGGUACUCAAGCAGACUCUGGAGAAGAUGGAAUUGAAUAUCUCUGCCUGCCUGUCCGGGCCUCUCUGAUUGUUGAGGGGGUAUCUGUCACUUGGAGUGGCCUGGGCUGCUUUGGGUCUAUCUGAUUACUUCUUUGGGCGGGCAGCCCUCACCCUGCCUUUGAAAUGGUUCUGGCUGGGUAGCAGUCUCUAGGUGGUGUGGACGAAAUUUAUGACUGGUUUAGGGCGGGGACAAGACCCAGAACACAGGUUUUCUUGUACUGCUGGAGAGUGCAGGAGGAGGUUCGAGACCCCAUUCUCCCCUUGGUCACUCUCAUAGCCCAUGAUGGCUUGGUCCAGGGUGUUCCUCGGUAUCCUCAUCUUGCUGUCUGCCUUCCCAGGAUGUAGUGUUGGGGGCCGCCCCAUGCCCAAACUGGCUGAACGGAAGCUGUGUGCUGAUGAGGAAUGCAGCUACCCCAUCUCCAUGGCUGUGGCCCUUCAGGACUACGUGGCCCCUGACUGCCGUUUCCUGACCAUACACAGGGGCCAAGUUGUGUAUGUCUUCUCAAAGCUGAAGGGCCGAGGGCGGCUCUUCUGGGGAGGCAGCGUUCAGGGAGAUUACUAUGGAGACCUGGCUGCUCGCCUGGGCUACUUCCCCAGUAGCAUUGUACGUGAGGACCAGACUCUGAAACCUGGCAAAGUCGAUGUGAAGACAGAUAAAUGGGAUUUCUACUGCCAGUGAGCUUAGCCUACUGCUGUCCCUGCUGUUUUUCUCUCCCUGGCUUUAUGCAAAUACAUCAGCCAAGUGCAAACUAC